AUGUCAGAUGGAAAGAAAAAACCACGAAAAAUAAGCUGUUUGCCCUGCAGAGCAAAGAAAGCAAGAUGCGAUGCACUUUUGCCUCACUGCAAUCGAUGUAUUCGUAAUUCUCGAGAAAAUCAAUGUAUUUACCCAAAGCCAAGAACUUUUGGUCGUCCGCCAAAGAAUGCUGUGUUCCAUAAAAAUCAAGACUUGGUCAUUAGUUCAAUACCACCUACCAAGAAGCAAGAAAAAGAAGCGGAGAAGAUUCAAUGCAGAGAAUUCGUCUUUGAACAGCUACAAUCAGAACCUUCUCGCAAAGCAAACCAAGUUCAGCGUUGCAUCAAGUACAAUAAUCAAAUACUAGACAUUGAACGCAUUUUCUCCUUGUAUAUCGCCAGAGCUUCUUUCCUAAGGCAAAAGUUGGGCAACUUCAAAUUGAAUCCUCGCUCAAAACUAAAAACACUUCAGCAACAUUUUACUUGGCUUACGGGCACCAUGGUUAAUAUCGCGAUACGAAGAGCUUGUCAAUUAGUUGAGCUUGAAAGUUUCGUAGACCCUGAAAUUACGAUCACCGCAUUUCUAAGAAGAGAAGAGAAAUCGACCUUCUUUUUCAAUUCCUCUUAUGACGACAUAAGUUCACCAUUGAACUCAAUUCCAACGGAUCAAGCCAUUCAACUCAUCGAUCAAUUUUUCGAGCUUCACCCGUAUCGAGUCAUUUUAAACAAGACAAAGCUAUUGCACGACUAUUGGAAUGAUUCAAUUGAACCUUUGCUGCUAUGCGUUGUUUAUGGUGUAGCCAUUUAUACAUGUCAACAAACAACAAAAGGUGAUACCUUUAAAUUAUGGGAAGCACAACGCAAUCCAUUUUUGAAUUAUGCCUAUGUCUUAAUUGAAAAAUUUUUUAUUCAGAGAGACAAGUCAGGAUUAACAGCCCCUUCGCCUUCUUCGCUAGGGAACUACCAAGCCUGUGUUAUCUUGGGCAUUUUUGAAGCUCUUUUUGGUCUUUCAAAGCACGGUAUGACAAUUGUCUCGCUUUCUUAUAUGAUGGCUUCCGAUUUGGGCAUUUUUAGUCAUUCUGGUUAUAGUGAUCACGUCUUGGAUGGUGAUGGUGUUCACCGUAACGGUCAGACAAAGAUACAUUAUAUGGAUUCUGUAGAUAAAGAGCAGCUUAUAAAUACCUACUGGGCUGCAUUAAGGGCCACUGCGUAUGGCUGUGUUGAGUUGGGUCUCUAUUUACGAGAGUCUUUAUUAUUUCAUGGACAGCCAUUUCCGCCUGCAAAUGCCAGCACGUCUACCUCUUAUCAGUUCGAUUUAGCAAAUAACAACCAUUCACUGUCGACAGCAUACCUCAUAGAAUCAUUCCAUACAGAAAUGGUAGUAGCUUAUUUUAGCUCUAAAUUGUUUUCUUGCUUGCCCAAGGUAGAAUACAACCUUUUUGGAUGUAAAGUGGAAGUCGAAAAACCAUUGGAUGUAUCACAACAAGAUCAUCAACUACUUUUGCAACUACUCAAAGCAUCAUCAUCUCAUACUUAUACUUCAGAGACUGAAUGCAAGAUAAAACUUGUUCUCAAAAAUUUCUCAGACUUUAUAGAAAGAGAACGACAUCAAUGGUCAUUGCAGCAAUUAUUCACCAUAGAAUCAACUUAUUAUUUAUAUUCCAUUCAUUUUAGCUUUCUAAGACCAUCUUAUAAUGUUGUGCCUAUUCGUAAUCAAGAAUUUAUACCUGAGCUGGAUCUCAAAGAUAAAAAAAUAGCAUCCCGUAUUGCGAAUCUGCUGCCAACAACACUUCUGUUGACCACUUUGCUAAAGACAUUUCUAGAGCAAAAUGAAGACAGGGUCAUCCAUGAUCCUAAAAAAGAACCACAAGACAGUCACCCAGAGGCUAUUGCUUCUCUUUUGCUACCUUAUGGACUCAUGUCGAUGACUUUAGAGACUAUUGUUCAACUUACUAUUUUUCAUUAUAAGCUCGGUAUAAGCUCAAUGGAUCAAAUCAAGUCUGCUUAUGCUAUUGUAAGACACCGGUUGUUUUGGAUGUCUCAACAACAGGCUACAACCAAGCUGAUUUACCGAAAACUGCAGAAUUUUUUUCGACUGUAUCAAGUCCCGAUCAAUUAUCACGAAAGAGCUACAGAUGACACGCAAAAUGCAUCAUCUAUUAUCACUCCUGUCCCACCUUCUUUUGUAAGCAUAAAUCCAACUUUUUAUGAAGAGAAUCAGGACUUCAAUGCAUUCAUUGAGCCAUCUAGUUAUCUGAUAAACAAUGAAUAUUUUACACAAGGUUUUGAUACUUUGUUUCAAGAUGUAUUUGAUGGAUUGUAUUAA